AUGGAGAAAGUCUUUGAAAUGACUGAUCUUGGAAUCAUGAAGUUCAAAAUGCAAGACUGCAAACCUGUGAAUACUCCAAUUUCUACUGGAGUGAAGCUUGGCAAGGGUGAGGAUUCUGAAAAAGUGGAUGACAGUAUGUAUAGAAGCUUAAAUGGAGGCCUUCUAUAUCUCACCGCAAGCAGACCUGACAUUCUAUUUCUUGUAAGUUUGCUCUUUAGGAGAGAGACUAUGAAUCUGGUUGGUUACUCUGAUAGAGAUUGGGGUGGCUACAUUGAUGAUUCCAGAAGUACUUCUGGAUAUCUGUUUUGUUUGGGCACAAUUUGUUUUAGUAGGAGCACUAGGAAACAAGAAACUAUAGCUCAAUCAACAGCAGAAGCUGAGUACAUUGCUGCUGCAUCUGUUGUGAAUCAAGCUACUGGCUAA